AAGCAUAACAUCUCAACCCUACAAAAAUCGACAAACAAAACAAACCUCCACGUACCCCCUCUAAUACAAAUUACAAUGGCACAAUCCAAAGUCAUUACCAACAAAUCACUAGUGUUCAAGGUGACGAGGCGGACGCCGGAGCUAAUAACUCCAGCAGUAUCCACCCCAUAUGAGUUUAAAGAACUUUCUGACAUCGACGACCAAGAAGCCCUUCGGUUCCAUAUCCCGAUCAUAUUGUUUUACCGCAAUAAUAACUCUAGCAAGUCUACCGUGGCGGGGAGGCAGGACCCUGCCAGGGUGAUCAAGGAAGCUGUGGCUAAGGCAUUGGUGCCAUACUACCCCUUCGCGGGGCGGCUGCGGGAGAAACCCGGGAGGAAACUAGUGGUGGAGUGUAAUGGGGAAGGGAUCAUAUUCAUUGAGGCAGAUGCUGAUGUUACUCUUGAGGAGUUUGGUGAUAUAAUUCAACCUCCUUUUCCUUUAAAACAACUUUUUUAUGAUGUACCUGGCUCUACUGCUUUCUUGGAUACCCCUUUGCUUCUCUUCCAGGUUACCAGACUCAAAUGUGGUGCCUUUAUAUUGGCCCUUCGCUUAAAUCACACAGUGGCAGAUGCAGCCGGCAUAGUCCAAUUCUUGAAUGCAAUGGUUGAACUUGCGCAUGGAGCCCAAACACCAUCAAUCCAGCCAGUGUGGGAGCGCCACCUUUUUAACAUUCCGAACUCGCCUAGAGUCAUCUUGGAGCAGCGCGAGUAUGAUGAAUUAGAUUCCAUCAAAGCCACCAUUACUCCAUUGUUAGAGGACAUCAUGGUGCACAAAUCCUUCUUUUUCGGCCCCACCGAGAUAGCUGCUAUAAGGCGCUUCAUACCACCAAAUCAGAAAGCUACAACAAUUGAAAUUCUUACUGCAUGUCUCUGGCGUAGUCGAACAAUCGCACUACAUCCAGAUCCAGAAGACAUUGUCAAAUUCAUGUGCAUUGUCAAUUUUCGGACCCUGGCUAAUCCGCCUAUACCUUCUGGUUUCUACGGGAAUGCCUUUGCUGUUCGCGUAGCCAUCUCCACAGCUGCCGAACUUUCCACCAAGCCAAUUGCGUACGCCUUGGAACUCGUGCAAAAAUCCAAGGAAACAGCCACAGAAGAGUACAUCAUUUCUAUUGAUGAACUUAUGGUACUCAAAGAUAAUCCCAACUUAAUUAGUAUGGUGAGUAAUAAUUAUUUCUUGGUUUCUGACGUCACUCGAUUUGGGUCUGAUAAACUAGACUUUGGCUGGGGCUCGCCUCUUUAUGCUGGUCUUGCUAAAGGUGGGGUCGGACCAAUACCUGGAUUGUCGACUUUUUAUAUGUCAGUUAAUAAUGGAAAAGGAAAUAAAGGGAUUGUGAUUCCUAUUUGUUUGCCUGAAAAUGUUAUGGACCUAUUUGUUGAGUUAAAUGGGUUGUUGUAUGGUGUUUCAAAGCAUAUGAUAUCUUCAUCUUCUAUUUCUUCUUCUUUGUAAGGGCUUAGACUUAAGUUGAAAUUAGUUAAUUUGUAUGAUGCACUUAAGAUUUGGUGCCUUGUGUUACUCCAAAGUUAUGAGAUGUUGUUAUCAAGAAUGUCGAUUGUAUUAGAUGUGAUUUAUGAUUGUGUGAUGGAUGAAUAAAACAAGUAAUAGUGUUAUGUA